GACGGAAUAAUAACCCAUCAAAUUCGGCAUAGUAUUAGAAGUUAGCAUCAAAUUCAGGAUUCAGAGCAGAUCAGCCAUGCAACAAGGAGAUUUCAGCUCCUCCUAUUAUCACCCUUCAAACCCUAACACCUCCAACCCAUCCCAAUUUCAUCAAUCACCUUACGCAUCAGCACCGCCUUUUUCCCCUUCCGAUUACCAAAAUCCUGAUCCCUCUUAUGCUCCUCCGCCGCCAACUACCCUGAAUUCGCAACCGUCUUUCAAUCAGCAUCCGAUCGCGCCAACGUCGGCUCCCGCUGCCCCUUCUUUCCCGCCUUAUGAUUCACCUGUCUCCCAGCAACCUUAUUACCAGCCUUAUGAUCAGCAUCCUAGCUAUGUACCUCCUCCGCCAGACUCCAACCCCAACCCUAUUCCGCCAUACUAUUCAACCCCAUAUAAUCAAAUAGGAUCAUCACAAUCCUCUGUCCCUCCUGCUUAUGACAACCCCUACGAUAAUUCCAUGAAAUUGGAUCAAAGCAGUGGCAGUUAUUUCGACGAUAAAUUCGGAGCACGAUAUAACCAGAGCAGAUACGAUAUGGGAUCCGAUCUCUAUGGUAAGCGAUAUGAUAGCUUUUCACACUUCGGUGAUGAUGGUGGAUACGGUGAUGGGGUUUAUGCUUAUGAAGGAGGAAAGGUGGAGCCUUAUGGGGCAAGUGGCACAGCCCCAAAAUCAUCGACUUGGGUCCAAUUCGACGAUUAUGGGCGGGCCAUUAAUUUCCCUUCUGGGAAGGACUCGUCAGGUUCAUCUUCUGGUAAGAUUGUGAGGGCGGUGCCUAAGGCGGAGACCCUGGAAGCCGUAAAGAGUGGGGUCCAGAAGUUUCGGGUUAAGUUGUUGAGUGAAGGUGGAGGAGAAGGCCCCGUGGAUGUAAUUUGCCAGAUUGGUUUAGAUGGUAUUCGUAUGCUUGACCCUAGCACCAGCCGAACUUUGAGAAUAUAUCCCAUUGAGAACAUCACAAGAUGUGAAGUGACCGACACAUCUACUUUUGCAUUCUGGUCGAAGAGCUCUGUUGACAUUGAACCAAGUCGGAUCGGGUUGCAAUCAAACAGUUACACUACAAACACCCUUCUGGAUAUUGUAACAGCUGCAACUGUACAGGUCAAGGAGAUGGGUGGGAGAAGUCGGCCUCCUGACUCUCUAAAGACUACUGAACAACCUUCAGAAAAGAAGAAAGGAUUUGGUGAUUGGAUGAACUUGAUGAAGCCUGGCACCGAGGAGAAAGAUCAUUGGGUCCCUGAUGAAGCUGUUUCAAAGUGCACUGCAUGUGGAACUGAUUUUGGAGCUUUUGUGCGCAAGCACCACUGCAGGAACUGUGGGGAUAUUUUCUGUGACAAAUGUACUCAAGGUAGAAUCGCUCUAACUGCUGAUGAGAAUGCUCAACCAGUUAGGGUUUGCGACCGAUGCAUGGCUGAAGUGACUCAGAGGCUGAGUAUUGCUAAGGAAACGGCAAGUAAACCUGCUGCUUUACAGAGUCAUGAGGAUCUUGCUAGGAAGCUUGAGGAGAUGGAAAAAAAUUGCAGAGCAUCAUCAGGUUCCAAGUCAGAUGGAUCUGAUAGACGGAUGAAGGAGGUUGCCUGUCCUAUCUGCACCGUUCAUUUGCAGGUCCAAGUUCCCAGCUCGGGUUCUGAGACAAUUGAAUGUGGGGUUUGCCAGCAUCCUUUCCUUGUUAGUGCCCAUUGAUCUCCGGUCACCACCCAACCUUCUUUAAUUAUCUCAAUUAAUUUCUCCUUCUAUUGAUUUCAUUAUUAGUCAUAAUUUGGAUUAGUCUUGUGUAUUCCUUUUCAUUGUUCUAAAUAAGAGACUAAAACCCUGUCAAAUUUUCCAGUUCUGUGUAUAUUAAGUUUUCUGAAUCUCGAGUCUUGUCUUUGUAAAGUUUGACAGAUCCUUACUAUAAUAAUUAUACUUUGUUCUUUA